AGAAUUUAGGGUUCCAAGGAUGCCUAACGUCACGUCGAAGCAAGAAGCCACCAGUGACCCCUUGACUCUUACGGGACUCGUUGAUGCUUUACCACCAUACCCAGAUCAGCUGGAAGGGCAAAGAUUCUACCGCAAUUACCGUUUCUUGACCACUGCAAACUCUUACAAGGCUCCCGAACCUCAACAAACUUCCUCUCCCUCUUGGCCACCUCGCGAUGCAACUGACUACUUGUUCUCUCCUCAAGAUUACUUGGCCAUUAAACAGUCUUCUUACCAGCCGCCCGAACCUCAACAAACUUUCUCUCCUGCUCCCACUUGGCCACCUCGCGAUGCAACUGACUACUUGUUCCCUCCUCAAGAUUACUUGGCCAUUAAACAGUCUUCUUACCAGCCGCCCGAACCUCAACCUUACAAGCCAACUUCUCCCAGGCGUUAUGACUAUUAUGGACCACCUGACGCUGAUGUUACUGACUAUUAUGCACCACCUGACCUACCACCUUACAAUGAUGAUGUUGUUGUCUAUGAACCCCCUCUCCCCUCCAACCUUGUACCUAUGGAUUGUGGAUAUGAAGGGACUUUUGGUAAAGUUGGACUUCAUUGCUACAAUCUGCUAAAUGGGACAAACUUUAAAUAUGUCUGGCUAGACGAGAACCAUCUUACCGGAUUAAUUUAUAAGGUUAUAAAAUUCUAUGCAACCGAUCCAACUCGCACUUGCGAGUUCUUAACUAGGGUGGUUCAGUCUGAGACUGAGAAUCAAGGCUGCUUGAGUUUCAUUACAAUGAAAUGCACAUUAUUGCCAGAGGAGAAUCACUACCCAAGUCGCUUUGACCAACUUGCCGUGGAUGAUUUCUUCAAAGGUGAUAUGCCCAACUCGAUGCCUGAGAAUACCAGUGAUAACCUGCAAUACUACGAGCUCAAAGAGUCGGAGGUGGAAGAAUACAAGGAUUGGCUUCAUCUGUACGUGGAUCUCGCAUUGCGCACCAAGUUGCGUUGUUUCCGUGGCUCACCAGUGUGGGGAGAGCCAUUUGAGCUGAGAAAGAUAAUUGUGCAAACUAGAGCAGAUGUGGAGUCUAAGAAGAAGGCCACGGCGGAGAAUGCAAUCUUCUACAUGAACUUCAAAGGCCGUGGCAAUCAAGACUGCAAUGCUAUCAUAAGGAGAACAACGGAUGGACUGCCACAGCAUAUGUCGCUUGAAGUGAAGUGUUUGAUGUGAAAGCCAACCAUUAUGUAUUUUAAUCUUUCUUGAGACUAGUAAAUGCUUCGCUUGAUGUUUUGCUUCUUCCUUGCUAGUCAUGCAAGGGGAAAAUGACUUUGAAUUCCAUUUUGGUUGUACAUGCUUUGGGAUGAGGAGCACCUUUUUGUGGAUUUGUUGUUUAUCUCUUCAUGCGCUUAUCAUGUUCGUUUUGUUUGCAUAUCUACAAUAACAAUAUUCACCUAUA